AUGGCAGACCAAUCCCUCCCCUACAGCCAGAUCCGGCAAUCCACACCCGCAGAGCUCGUCCAGCUCCUCCGCCAGCACUCCACCUCAUCAUCAUCCCUCUCCACCGACGCCAUCACCACCCACCUCCUCCACGGCGUCUCCACCGGCUCCCUGCAGCCCAUCCACUUCACCAUCUGGCUGCAGUUCUGCAAAUCCCCCGCCGCCAUCCGCCUCGCGCUCGCGCACGGCGCCGACUCCCGCGCCGUGCGCCAGGCCGGCAUCAAGCAGAUGGGGCGGCAGCUGGCGUCUGCGGGCUGGCGCGAGACCUGGGAUGGGCUCGGCGGCACUGAAGGCAUCCAGGAUUUGCUCUGCGGGCUCCCCGUCGUCGAGAUCAAGCAGUUCGUGAGCGUCGUGGUGCGCGCCGUGAGAGGCGCCGACGACGACGGCGGCGAGGAGAAGAGGGAGAAGAAGGAGAAGCAGGAGGCCGUCUUUGAGCUGGCGCGCGCACUGCUGCCUGCACUGUCUCUGCCCGCAUCGAUCAAGUCCGGCGGUGAUGAGGGGAACGCAGCAGCAGCAGCGGCGGCGGCGGCGCGGGACGAGCGGCCGGUAACGGGCUUCUACGAGCCGCUCCUGCAAGCCAUCCCUCCCUCCGCCGUCGCAGCGCUGCUCUCGCAAAGCCUAGCUGCCGCCGCGGGCAGCAGCGGCGACACCGCGGACGCAAAAGCCCAGCUCAGCCUGGCACAGCGCUACCCAUCCGUCGUCCAGACCGCCAUCUUCGCCGCCAUCUUCAGCGCGGACACCGACGCACAGCUCCAGAAGAUCAAGCCCGCCCUCACCGCUCUCCUCCACGGCCGCAUCUCAACCAACCCCAGUCCGUCUGACCCCAAUUUCUCCGGCUCGAUGCACUUCUCGCUCGAAUUGCUGCGGCGGCUAGCCGCUGCCGCUGAAGCCGGACAGAAGACGCACUUCCCACCGGCGCUGUUCCUCCCCGACCUCGUCGAGCCGCUGCUGCGCCGCUGCCGGCGCCGCCGCGCGCGCGUGCAGUGGCGCCAAGUGCUCGAGAUCGUGCGGCUGGCGGCGCGGUACCUCACUCGCCACCCCGACGCCGCUGCGCCCGGGCUGGCCCUCCCGCAGGGCCGAGGGUCGUUUCCGGCGGGCAAGGAGCCGCUGUUGGUUGCGUGGACGGUGCGGCUGUGGGAGCGGCAUCCGGAGGAGGAGGUUGGGGAUGUGCUCAGGGCGCUGGUAAGGCUCGCCGUGCGCGAGGGCGAUGGAGCUCAGCAGUCGGUCUCGAUGUUUGCGCUGGACGGCGUGGCGAAGGCGCAGCGGUACGAGUUUCUGCGGCUGUGCGGGCGAGAGGUGGGGUGGGGUGAUGUGGAUGUGGAUGAGGAUUUGAAGGGGAGCAGGAUGCCGACGCGGGGCUGGGACAUGGCGCUUUUCAAGUGGCUGCCGGCGGGGGAUGCGUGGAAGCUGUUUGAGAGGGCGAGGAGGUGUGUGGAUGGGUUUGCGAAGCAGGUCGAUGUGGAUAGGCUGCGGUUGGAGCUGCUGAAGCGGCGGGGCGAGAAGGAGAAGGUGGUGGAGCUUGUGACCAAGCGGAUCGAGGAGUACAAGCGGAAGGCUGAGACGAGCAAGGCGCAGCCGGAUCGAGCAGCUCAUGGUAAAUCAGCCUUGAGUUGGGCUUCUAACAGCGGAUCGCACAAAGUCUUCACGGAGGCCAUCUUGUGGAGUCGUCGCUUCAUUCGGGAUACGCUUACUGUUCCUGAGUUGUAUAGUCGCAACAUCUUUGCCGCGGAAGAUUUCUUGGUUGGCAACCCGGGUGGCCUGGAAAGUGCCGAGACGACCGUGGAAACCCUCCGAGCCAGUGUUGUCGAAGCCAACAAAGCUAUCUGGACUCUCUUGGAGACGAUAGUAAUGGCCAUGCGGGAACCUGCCGCGAUGUGGAGCAUCCAUGCGCCUCCUCGGAUCCUCUUUCGCAGUGUUGUGGACCUGCGGCGAACCACAUUUUCUACAGCCCUGGCGAAGACUGGCCGCUUUUCCGAGGACGACAUCUACAGAAUUAUUUGGGAAGACACUCUCGCACUUCUCAUUCGAGCUGAGAAGGCCUUUCUUGAGCCCGGUCCUGCCCGUUGGAUGGAAGGCAACGUAGAAGGAGUCCCCGAGUAUUACUCCGUUGUUAAGGUUGAGAACGCAUCACCAUCGACAUAUCGCUUCUUUGACGAGCUCGCCAAGGCGCGAGACCAGCUCUGGCGGGACUUACGGCCAACGCAGAAACCAGCUACAUCCUCGCUGCCUGAGCCGUAUCCUCGUGGUCUGGCAAUCCAGAAUUUGACGGGAAAUAUCCGCAUGAGAGCGUCGGAUGCCCAGCAGAUGACUCCGUACAUAGCUUCCCGGGCUCGCGCCGUUCUGUUCAUGGAUCCAGCUAAGGCACUGGAGCCUUAUCCGGAGGACGAGGUCUUACAAGCGGCAGCCGAAGGCUUCAUUGACUCCUAUCAAGAGGCCUUGGAGAUUUUCAUUCCGAACACGCUUUCCAAAGAAGAGAGGAAAAGGCGAGUGGAAGAAGUUUGGGCGCAUGCUGUGGGUCCAUGUAGCCAGGGGAGAAUGACCCCUUCAGACGCAUUUCGUUACUGGAGAGGCAGCUCCUCGUUUGAAGGUGUCGAGUUCUGGCCAAAGGAGUCCGCGAACCCGCCUCAGGAGGAAAACCUACCAACGCACGACCCGAGAGUCCCGCAAGUCAAGAAUCCUUCGGAAGUGGUCGAAUGGGAUCCGCUUCCGCCGUCUGUGGCGCCCAUCAAGGAAAGAAGGCUCGAUGCGGCAUACAUUGACAUUGCAAAGAACAUGCCUUCUGACUUCAGCCGGACCAUCAAAACGAUUUUAGAAUUCGAUCCUCCGGUGGUACCAGGAGUACCAUCAGAUCAGCUCAUUGUCACAAUCGGUAAAAAUACGGCUGCAGAGUUCGAAUCCCACGCCGUGUCAGCCCUUCUGUUCCUGGACACGAAGAACGGCGCACCAAAAAGGCUUCUGGACUCACCCUUCCCCUCCGCCGACGAAGUCCGAUACCCCGCCAUGCGUCUCCACAGCAACUUCUUCUUCAAAGGCGAGAAAGACAUCCCCUGGGCCCUAGAAGCCCUCAAAUCCCACGCGAAGACCAUCCCGCCGCAUCUCGUCUUCCAGCUCGCCCAGAACUCGCUCGAGCACAUCAUGAGCACCUCAUCCGGCGGCAGCAUCCCGUACGAGCAGGAGAAAAUCGCCUUCGGUCUGAUCACCCUCCUGCAAAAGGGCGACCGCCCCGCCCUCGCCGCCGACCUCGCCAUCCAGGCCAUCGUCAACUUCCCCGACUCCAGCUCCUGGCACCGCCAGCUGCUCACGCCAACCCUGCUAAAUUGCCUGCCGCCUGCCGCUUCCAGCGCCUGCGUGACCAGCUUCGCCGAGGCCGUCGCGAAGGGCCUGGAGGCGCAACAGCGAGAACUAAAAGAAGAGGAAGGACAGAUCGACGACGACGCCGACGCCGCAACCCCAGACUCGCCCGCGAGUCCCGCUGACGCCCCCGCCCCACGCAUCAAAGUAACAACAGCCAAACACCUCGCCCAACUCCUCGCCACGACGUCUUCCUCCAUCGCCCCCUCCCUCGCCGUGUCCAUCCUCACCCGCGACCUGCUCGUCGCCUCGCACCCGGACAUCCAGACCGCCGCCCUCGACGCCCUGCUGUCCAUGCUUUCUCCCCUGCCUCCUGCCUCCUCGGACACCCCAACGCCCACGCCCUCACCAACAGACACCCGCAUCCUCGCCGCCCUCGAAACCGACCUCGUCCCCCUCGCCUCCCGCAUCACAUCCCGCCCGCUCGACGAGGCGGGAUGGCGCGCCGCCGAAGCCGAGGCUAGCGACGGCGGGUACGUACCGAAACUCCUAACCGCCGAGCAGCUCGACGCCAGAACAACCACGCCACCCCUCCUCGCGGCGCUGCUGCGCUUCGUGCGCGCGAACACAUUCUGGGGGCAGCAGCCAGCGUGGUUCGUGGGGCCGCUGGUGAGGCGGGUGGUGGUGCCGGUUGUAGCAAGGUUGAGUGAGGGGACGAGGAGGUGGGUGCGGGUUUUGUUGGGGAGGUAUGCUGGGGAAGUGGUGGCGCAGGACGAGGUGGAGAAGGUAUUGGGGGCCGUAGGCGCUGUGCCGCCGCUGCAUCCGCGCGUGUGGCGCGCCGUGUUCGGCGCGGUGCCGCCGCGGCUGGUGCCGGGGGCGUUGGUUGGGGGUGUGGUGGGGUGGUGGUGCUGGGGGGCUGGGAUUCGCGUUUCGUCGUCGUCGGCGGAGAAGGAGGUGGUGGCAAGGGUCAAUGCGCUGGCGAGGCGGCGGGUCAAAGAGAUGGAUGAGGCGGUCGAGCAAGGGGGAGAGGAGGAGGAGGAAGAGCUGAAUGUCGACGAGGCGGAGCACGAGGGGUGGAAGCGGUGGUUGGCGCUGUUCGGGAAUGGGAUGGAGGGCGUCGAGGCGGAGAGCGGCGUCGUCGAGUUUUUGGUCAAGCGCGUGUUGUUCGGGGAUGGCUGCGUUGCGGAUAGCGAGGCGGCGGCUAUGGUUGGGCUGACUGGCCCUCGCGCUGACGGGGGUGGGGAUGAAGGUCGAGACGGCGGCGUCGAUGUGGAGAUGGCGCAGCGGCUUGUGAUGGAGAUGUUUGACACCGCUCUCGAGGCCGUCCGGGUUUGGCCGCGGAAGGGUACGUUUUUGGAGAAGCUCGAAGUGCCGUGGAAGGCGAGGCAGGAGGUGCGGAAGGCUUGGGUGGCGCAUGUGCGGCCGCUGGUCGAACGGAUGGUCGAAAAGGUGGAUGCGUUGCGGGCAGAUGGGGCGCGAUCGAAGGGGCGUAUGUUACCGGAUACGUUUCAGAUGGGUCUGUGGUUGCUGCCGUGGCCCGGAGUGGUGGGUGAUGAGGAGCUCGAGGGAUAUGAGCAGCUUGCGGAUGCAGUGGUGGACUUGCUUGGGAAGCUAUGUGGAGAGGGAGUGGGGCUUUAUCACAGGGGCUUCGGAGAGAUCAAGAACGAGCUGCGGCGGAGGGUGACGAAUAAGCGGCACAGCGUCUGGCUCGGCCUGAGGAUUGGGAACACUAGCGAAGGACCCUUCACGUUGGUGGAACGGCUGAGAAUAGAGCUGGCCGAGGGUCUGCUUGAGAGCUAUGACAAGGAGGCUCACAAAGACAUACAAGAAAGAGUCGAGGGGCUCAUCCAGGUCUGGAUGAGGGCGGAAGAUGAGGAUGCGAGAAGGGCUGGUUAUGAGUUGGCCACAAGAUGGGGGUGGGAGUCGCAUCUGGAGUGA